AUGACCUCCGUCGUCGCUAUCGGUGUUGGUGUUGCCGCGGCCGCUUUCUUCGGUCGAGCAGGUCUAGUUGCCCUGCGCAGAUACAGAGGAGGCGUCAACGGUGCUGGCCGUGCAUUCUACAAGGGUGGAUUCGAGCCCAAGAUGAACAGAAGGGAGGCUUCUCUCAUCCUAUCUCUCUCUGAACGAACUCUUACCAAAGACAAAGUCCGCCUGAACCACCGCAAGCUGAUGCUCCUUAACCAUCCCGAUCGAGGCGGCAGCCCGUACCUCGCCACGAAGAUCAACGAAGCAAAGGAGUUGCUUGAGAAGACCGUUUAAGAAGUUUCCCGUGACUACAUCCCGAUAUGACCUUGUUGGAAUAUCGAACUUCCUUUUCAAGCCAAAACACACGGCAAAAUCCGGUUUCCAGCGGAAGCCAUAACUACCCCCUUCGACCGGUGUAUUUUUAUCACAUUUCCUCGUAUAUUCUCUUCCCUAUUUCUAAUGAGGGUGGAUGCAUAGCGUUGGCGUUUUAAACUCAUGUUGAUUUUGUGUUUUCUUUGCUCCCUUUCCAUCCUAUAACCCUGCUAGCCAGGAUGAGAAGAACACUCCCCUCCACUUACUAUAUAUACCUCCUUGUAGAGACUGGCUCGUCUCUAGGUCUUCCUUUAUUACGACUAUCUAGAUGACUGGCAUCUGUCAUCUACAAACUAGAAAACAAUAGCUGGGAUUCUAUUUUUGUCUGGAAAUCAAACUUCUUCAUAGAAACUGAGUUAAAAAAAUGAGUACAAAGCAAGGAUUUUUCUAUUGAAAAUAGUAUCAAAGUAAA